AUGUCAAAGCUGCCCGAGCCGCAUUGCAUCAACAAUUUUACCAGACAAUUGAUGGAACGGACUGACAUUUUGGAGUGUGCAUGGAACAAACAAGAGCAAGAAAACGGCGACAAUGAGGAUGAAGAGGAAGGGUCAAUAAACAAAGGGAAAAAUGAGAGCAAUGCUAACAUUGAAACCGAUCAAAAGACUAGAGAACGAUCACCAAAUGAAUUUGAAAAAAUUUCUUAUUGGAGAGUUCUUUCUGUAUACGUUUGUUGGGUAAUACUCUUUUUGUUCGGUUAUUUCAGAGAAUUCCUUCGAAACUUCGGGCUAGAGAAAAGUUACGCCGAAGCUGAGCUGGAGAAGCAAAAGCAUUUCCCUCCAUUGUUCAACGACAUCGAAUCCGUCUAUAAAAGGAAUUGUUACAUGAGAGUUCGCGAUGUUUUUGAGCGACCGAUUGCAAGCACUCCUGGAGCUAAGGUCAAUCUUCUCGAUCGUUACACUGAAGAUCACAAUUGGAGUUUCAAAUUCACUGGUACUCAAACGGAAGUCAUCAACGUUGCUUCUUACAACUAUCUUGGAUUUGCACAGAAUGAAGGUGUUUGUGCUGAAGCAGCAGCAGCAAAAAUUGAUGAAGAAGGGAUUUCCAAUUGUAGCACAAUUCACGAAUUUGGCCGUUCUCUUUCUCAAGAUCGCUUGGAGAUGCUUGUUGCGAAAUUCUUGAAUGUCGAUGAUUCGAUUUGUUUCUCGAUGGGAUUUGCCACGAAUUCGAUGAAUGCUCCAUCACUCGUUGAUAAGAACUCAUUGAUCAUUUCGGAUGAGCUCAAUCACGCAUCAUUGAUUCUCGGAUGCCGACUCUCUGGCGCUAACACAAAGGUUUUCAAGCAUAAUGACAUGGCCUCUCUGGAAACGAUUCUGCGAGAUUCGAUUGCUUACGGGAACCUCAAAACAUUAAGGCCAUACACAAAGGGAAUCUAUUCUAUGGAAGGUUCGAUCGCAAAUCUUGCACGAAUUAUUGAGUUGAAAAAGAAAUAUGGAGCUUAUCUCUAUCUCGAUGAAGCUCAUUCAAUUGGUGCAAUGGGUCGUUCGGGGCGUGGUAUGGUAGAAUAUUGGGAUUGUAAUCCAAAAGAUAUCGACAUUCUGAUGGGCACUUUCACAAAGAGCUUCGGAUCUGUCGGUGGAUAUAUUGCUGGGUCAAAGAAAGUCAUCGACCAUUUGCGAGUGUGUUCACCAACCGGCUACUACUCAAGUCCGAUGUCUCCGCCGAUUUGCGAGCAAGUUUACAAGUCAAUGUCGAUUAUUAUGGGGCUUGAUGGGACAAAUGAUGGUCAAUCUCGAGUUGAUCGCCUUGCUCGGAAUUCCCGCUAUCUUCGUCUUCGCCUCAAACAACAGGGCUACAUUGUGUAUGGAUCGGAUGACAGUCCCGUUGUGCCUGUUUUACUUUACUAUCCAUCGUUUUGCGGGUUUUAUGGUCGUGAAAUGUUGGCUCGUGGAAUAGCAGCGGUGGUUGUCUCGUUUCCUGCAACUGUUAUGACGGAGGGAAGGAUUCGAUUCUGUCUUUCGGCUGCUCACACAAAAGAACAACUUGAUCAGGUCUUGCAAGCAAUGGCUGAAAUCGGUGUGGAGAGUUGGUCCAGUUCGUUCUCCAAAAACAAGAAGGUUUACGAGAAUAUGAAUAUUCAGUGG